AAAGCUUGCUAGCUUGUAGGACUUUCCUGCAAGGUUGAAGUUCUCUUUACUGGAGAACAAUGAAUAUCAGAAAAGGAUAUCAGUGAGAGAUAACACCAUUGGUGGGCCGAGCUGUGAGCAGAAACCAGGCUCUUAUAUUACUGCCGAAUUUUGGGCCCAACCCAUUUUUCUUAGGGUAGGUAUAUGUGUGCUCUGUUUGAUUUAGUCACUCAUUACUGCUGAUCACGCUCUCAGAACCUGGAUUACUGUUCAGAGUUUCAGGACAAACUACUGCCUAAGUGGGCAAAAAAGCCAGACGAACAUUAGAAAGGCUUUCAGAUUAUUUUUUCCAAGAUGGGGAAUAGGCAGUCUGUUACAAUAACACAUCCAAAGGCGGAGCACGAUGUGAAACAUGUUAAAAAAGACGAAGCAAAUGGGCACGCGAUACCUGGUUUGGAUUUGACUGACGCUGUAACCUGUGUGACAUCAGUGCAGCAGAACAUUGAACCUCCUCCUGUGACUGUCGCAAUUAACGUCAAGCCAACACCAGCAUCAGUAGAAGCUAAUGGCACCAAAGCAAAAGCUCCGACUGUGUCUGUGGAAGCAGCUGGUAACCAGGUCAGUGUUACAGCUGUAUCAGCUGAACAAAAAAUUCCAGCAGAGUCCAGUACGCCAGCCAAAGACACACCGAAAGCUGAGACUCCCAGCAUGUUCAAUAAGAUGUUCAAGAAGAAGACCGGACCUGUUUCUCCUGCAUCUGAGGCUAAUGUGGCAGCCGAAGUAGUGAUCGUCCCUGAAGUACAGACCGACAGCCAGAAGUCUCCAACACCAGCAUCAGUAGAAGCUAAUGGCACCAAAGCAAAAGCUCCGACUGUGUCUGUGGAAGCAGCUGGUAACCAGGUCAGUGUUACAGCUGUAUCAGCUGAACAAAAAAUUCCAGCAGAGUCCAGUACGCCAGCCAAAGACACACCGAAAGCUGAGACUCCCAGCAUGUUCAAUAAGAUGUUCAAGAAGAAGACCGGACCUGUUUCUCCUGCAUCUGAGGCUAAUGUGGCAGCCGAAGUAGUGAUCGUCCCUGAAGUACAGACCGACAGCCAGAAGUCUCCAACACCAGCAUCAGUAGAAGCUAAUGGCACCAAAGCAAAAGCUCCGACUGUGUCUGUGGAAGCAGCUGGUAACCAGGUCAGUGUUACAGCUGUAUCAGCUGAACAAAAAAUUCCAGCAGAGUCCAGUACGCCAGCCAAAGACACACCGAAAGCUGAGACUCCCAGCAUGUUCAAUAAGAUGUUCAAGAAGAAGACCGGACCUGUUUCUCCUGCAUCUGAGGCUAAUGUGGCAGCUGAAGUAGUGAUCGUCCCUGAAGUACAGACCGACAGCCAGAAGUCUCCAACACCAGCAUCAGUAGAAGCUAAUGGCACCAAAGCAAAAGGUCCGACUGUGUCUGUAGAAGCAGCUGGUAACCAGGUCAGUGUUACAACUGUAUCAGCUGAACAAAAAAUUCCAGCAGAGUCCAGUACGCCAGCCAAAGACACACCGAAAGCUGAGACUCCCAGCAUGUUCAAUAAGAUGUUCAAGAAGAAGACCGGACCUGUUUCUCCUGCAUCUGAGGCUAACGUGGCAGCUGAAGUAGUGAUCGUCCCUGAAGUACAGACCGACAGCCAGAAGUCUCCAACACCAGCAUCAGUAGAAGCUAAUGGCACCAAAGCAAAAGGUCCGACUGUGUCUGUGGAAGCAGCUGGUAACCAGGUCAGUGUUACAGCUGUAUCAGCUGAACAAAAAAUUCCAGCAGAGUCCAGUACGCCAGCCAAAGACACACCGAAAGCUGAGACUCCCAGCAUGUUCAAUAAGAUGUUCAAGAAGAAGACCGGACCUGUUUCUCCUGCAUCUGAGGCUAAUGUGGCAGCCGAAGUAGUGAUCGUCCCUGAAGUACAGACCGACAGCCAGAAGUCUGAGCCUACAGACAUAAAGGCAAAUACACAGACUGAGAAAGAGCCACAGGGUGAAGCUCCCAAACCCAGCACCACUGAGGUCACGCAAGACAGCACCCAAUCUGAGCAGACCAGCACCGAGGAAAAGUCAGUUAUGAACUUUUUCAAAACACUUGUGACUUCAACCAAAACAACGAAAGAAGCGACGGCUAGUCCGGAUGUCUCAAAACAACAGUCACAGAAAGAAACUCCACCAGCUCCAGCUGCAAAUGUACAGGAAGCAUCAAAGAUCCCCCCUCCUCCACCACCAGCACCACCCAAGAUGGAGAGUAAAGUAGAGCCAGCUGUAAAGAAAGAGGAGGCCCCACCAAUAGACGUAGCAGCCGCCGCAGCCAAAGAACCAGAAACCCCCAGCAAGGCCAAAACUAAAGACAGCCCAUUCGGCAAACUCUUCCGUACAAAGUCUGGGGUGAUAGAGGAAGCAAAGCCAGUUGAGAUACAGGUAGACGCGUCCAAGACCAGUACCCUUGAGGCCGGCGCCAAACCCGAACCCGCUCCAGCACCCAAACCAGAAGAAAAGAAAGCAGAGAAGAAGCCCUCACCUUUCGCCAACUUGCUCAAACCAAAGGUACUGCUAGGCCAAGUGAGCUCUAAGAUCCAUUCAGCUGCUUCGAGUGCCGCAGCCAGCAUCUCCCUUGGUGCUGGAGGAGCGGCUGCAGAGUCCAAGAAGGAAGCCCCUACAGCCCCCACUGCACCUGCAGAGGCUACCCCAAGCACCAAGGCCAAAGAAGAGCCCAAACCAGCAGCUGUUGCUGCUGCUCCUGCUGCGGCCUCUCCAGACAACAAGUCGGUGGGGAGUACAGAUAAUUCUUCACCCAGCACCUCCCGCAAACUAGAGAAGAGGAACUCCAUCCAUCUGUUCUUUAAAAGCUUGGGUCAAAAACGCCACUCUGAUGCCGGAGUGCAAACGGAGCCAGUGGCACAGGAGAAGGCCAAAUAAAAACCUUGCUUUGGUUUCAUCGUCUGCACAGAAAACACGCAUCGCUUGUACAUAUGUAUCCUUAUCUGAAUGUCCUGACCAGAGACCAGGGAUUAAUUCCUAUUUAAUCUCCACUACUUGAGGUGAACUGAGAACUAAAGUAUCUUAAAACUGGCCAUUCCAAUUAUUCAUUCCCAUUCCCAACACUUCUUGGGCUGUCCUUUAAUACUAUCAAAGUCACCUAGAAAUGGUUGGUUCUUUAACGGUUUGCAAGAGGUAUGUUGAAACGCAAUCGAACGGCUUAAAGCUUUGCAUGUUUUGCAAGAUUUUUUUUUUAUAUAGAACGUGUGAUGGAAGAGAGCUGAAAAAGGGGGAUUACACAACAUUACAAUGGCAUGCUGUUCCUCUUAAACAGGAACAUUAAUGUAAACGUCAGGCCUGUCUAUACCGUCACUCUGUAACUCCUCAAUAUGGUCUUGAUCGUAUAUCAUGCAGGAUGUAUUACAACCACUGUCUUGUUUCCAGCUUCUGCUUUUUUUUUUUUUUAAAUGGAACAUCUGAUAUUUUUUUUUUUUUUUGCACACUUGUGCACAAUAAUCAUUCAUACGGCUGUAAAAACAAUCUGCCAAGGCUUACUCUUUCCAUUACAGCGCUUCAUCAAGACCUCUGACAUCACCCGUUUGUUGUUUAAUGGUGACAAUACUUAAAAAUGAUCUCCUAAAUCAUUCAGACCCAUUGGCCAUCGCUAGUAUUUCAUGCUAACACGUAUUUUUAACAUAUCGUCAUGUCAGACUAUUACAUACAGGCUUCAUUAUUGAAUAGGUUAGUUAUCAGCUUUUCAAAAUGGGCACUCCUUUUUUUUUUUUUUUUUUUUUUUUUUUGGUACUACUGAAAACAUAUGCUAUCUGUAACCAAGCCUUUACUAACUAUAUGGAAUAUAUUGCAGUUAGCACACUGUUCACAUGGGGUGGAAUCCAUCUGGUUUCUCUUACUCGCUUACUGAAUUCUCACUAGCUUUUGGUGGAUCCAGUUUAAUUGCUUUCUGUGAAAUGGUAUUGAGUAUGAGAAUUUCCUUCUGCUCUUACUGCACAUGUCCCAAUUUCACAUGUUCUGAGUUUUAUUUCUGAAUUUGAGAGACACAGACUUGCAUUACAAUUUUUAUUUUUUUUUUUUUUGGCUUGUAAUCAACUAAUGUUAAAAAUGAAAUCUGUCUCUGUAAUUGUAAUUAUGCAGUCUUUGUUAAUAAAAUGUAAGGGUACAACACAA